AUGGACGGCCAGCCUGCAACGGCUGAAUCAACCCAUCGCUACCAACCACAGCAUUGGUCACUUCCCCCUUCGAACUCAGCUAGUGCCCGAGCAAAGCCAACAUCAUCAUCCGAGACCCCGUCUAUCCCCCUCGCCACUCAGUUCGACCUGUGCACGAUCCUCUAUACCCAGGAAGUUGUUCAUCAGCAGGACAAAAUCCUGCAGUACAGCAAGCUGAUCUCUGGUAGCCGGAGUGGUGGCAGUGGACUACACACCCCUCCACUUCCUCCUGUUUUGACUACACCACAGACCAAGUCGACAACACGGUCCAGAUCAUCUUCCAAAGUGUCGAACAAGGACAACGCCCAACCAAAAUCCAGCGCACAAAGCUGUCAUGGGAAUAGACCGGCAAAGACUUCUGAGACCGCUGAACGCGCGCUUAUGAAAUUGGGGAAGGAUCAAUCAUCAUCCAAGAUGUCAGCCAACAACACCAAUACCACAAGCAACAACCACAACAGUAGUAACAGCAGCAGCAAUAACAGCACCAACAAGAAGCCACCAGAGCCGUCUCUGACUCUGGACCUAUCCAAGGUUAAGAGCAAGUUAACCGAAGAGGAGGAGCAGAGGCUUAAUGCCGACUUGCUCAAAUUAUACAAGCAGUUGCUGCCAACUAAGCCGAUAGAGGGGAACCGAAAGAAGCUGGUUGCAAAACUGGAGAAGCUCUUCAACGACAAGUGGCCAGGUCGCGACAUCAAGGUCCAUUUGUUUGGCUCUUCUGGGAACAACACAUGCUCUGAUGAUUCAGAUGUGGACAUCUGUAUCACCACCCCCUGGCGGGAAUUGGAAAAUGUCUGCAUGAUUGCCGAGCUGCUCCAUCAACAUGGAAUGGAAAAGGUCGUUUGCGUCUCUUCUGCCAAGGUCCCCAUUGUCAAGAUUUGGGACCCUGAGCUCAAAUUGGCCUGCGAUAUGAAUGUCAACAAUACAUUGGCACUGGAAAAUACUCGGAUGGUGCGGACAUAUGUUGACAUCGACGAGCGCGUGCGGCAAUUGGCGAUGAUUGUCAAAUACUGGACUCCCUUCGGUGGGACGUUAAGUUCUUACACGUGGAUUUGCAUGGUGAUCGCUUUUCUGCAGCUCCGCGACCCUCCUGUGCUCCCUGCUCUUCACCAAUGCGACGGCCUGAGGCUUCCCAGAGAUGACAACACACGCAGCGAAUUUGCCGACGACGUUGAGGCGCUUCAGGAGCGCUUUGGCGACAAGAACAAGGAGAGUUUAGCAUCUCUCUUGUUCAACUUCUUCCGGUUCUAUGCACACGAGUUUGACUAUGACAAGUACGUUUUGUCAAUACGAAUGGGCAAGCUUCUGACCAAAACGGAAAAGAAAUGGCAUAUCGGAUCGAACAAUAUGCUUUGCGUUGAGGAGCCUUUCAACACAGUUCGCAACUUGGGAAAUACAGCGGAUGACACGUCAUUCCGUGGGCUGCACAUGGAGUUAAGGAGAGCUUUUGAACUGAUUUCCGAGGGCAAGUUCGAGGAAUGCUGUGAGCAGUAUGUCUUUCCAAAGGAAGAGGAGAGGACAUACAUCAAGCCACCGACUAUCUCGAGACCAGUUCUGUUGAGGAGUUCCUCUCAGCAGGCACAUAGCACUCGUGGUGGUCGUGGCGGUUACCGUGGGAACCGCCAGUUUGGCCGCAAUGGAAGUGGCGGGCGUCGCGCCUCGUCAGGAGUCCAGUACGAGCCAAAUCCGACAUUCCUGCAAACUGCUCUGGCGAAUCCUUUAAGUCCCCAGGAUCUUUUGUGGUAUCAAGCUCAGAGUCCCCAGCUCACUGUACCCCAGGACAUUAUCGCCACCUCGUUCGGUCAAAUUCCCGCUCACCAAGCUGCCCAGGAGAUCAUGCGUUUCCAGCUUUACACCUCGAUCAACCAGCAACAACAGGUUCUUGCGCAAGCGCAACGGUUACAGACAGGCUCGGCGACAGACAGAGCACGCACAAAUUCGUUUGACAACCCACCGCUGACCGCUCCGGUACGGCCAGAGUUGGUAUACCCGUUUACGGUUCCGGUCCAGCCUUCAGCAUACUUCCAUCCUGGUUUCACCACCUACCCAUCCUCUCCCGCGACAACCGCAACUGCCCCAAGUGCCAAUGGGCAAGCCGCUGAAUACCGACGCAGCCUUCACCGGAAUGCGGGUACGAGUGAUUCGGGCUCCUCACCUGGCAGCGGUGCUCUUAGGUCGCAAUCCCAGCCAGCCUCCAGGACGCCGAUGGUCAUCUCUCAACCAUUGUCUCAGUACUCGACAUCCGGCCAAUCCCAGAAUGGUGCAACUUCAUCGCAAAUGCGGCAACUAAAUGGCAUGACAGUACCGAGCUUCGUCCCCGACGAGGCAGGUGAUGGGGAGAUGGAGGGGGGGGCGACGCCAAGAGUUUUGUCUGAUUCUCCGCCUGAGGACGACGGCCCACGUUAUAUAGGGUAUUACGUGAACGAGCACGCAAGCCCAAACAGGCAGGCGAACGGCUUUCCCAGCUCGUCUGGUGCGACGCUAUCUGCCCCGAUAAGCCAGAGCAGCCAGGCCCGGCGCCGCCGCCUGUCCACUGACCAGCUCCCUCAAUCUGUCCUCGACCGUAGGAUGAAGAGGACGUCACGGUCGCCAUCGCCCAUGGGACACACGCGGGCCAUAUCAGUGGGUAUGAGCUCAGCUCCGCUACCGUCGGCGCCUUUUGGCCAGGCUGGCGGCGAAAAGCCGUCAUCCAAGCCGGUUGUGGUCAAUGGUUCCGUGCCAGCCUCCAGCUCGGCCUUGGCAUCCCGCCGACCCCCACAGGCACCCGACGCGCAUGCCUCAGAGGAUGGGGGUCACCACGACAAUGCCAAUGCCUUGCACAUCCAACACAGCAUGAGCCCUAGCUCCUGGUCAGAGCAGCAGCCUUCCGCUCCGUUAUCCAAUACCGAACCGGCUGCUGUGCCGCCACCUCCGGACCGGCCUGUUAUUGUGAAUGGGUCUUCCACAAACCGCUCUCCUGCUGCAGUGCCGAGUUUGCUCGAUGCGACGUUUCAGCAGCGUAUGGCCAUGGGGGUCCCCCUCCAUCUUCCCUAUUCGGCGGUUGUCGGUGAUCCGAAUGGCAGCCUCGUGGGUUUUGCGAGACUCCAUACUCGCCAGCAGCUAGCACCACUCGACUUAGCGACUCAGGAUUUUGGUGUUCACCAGGAGAUACCUCAUCUCUCGCCGGUCUAUGAGCAUCGCACUCCAUCCCCGACAGUAUCACGAAAAUCUGAGCCAUCUCCUGGCACACAAUCACCUGGGUCUGGAUCGCACAAGGAAAAUCGUUCAGACUUCUCAAAGCAGAGUCAAAAGGCACCAGUGAACAAGUCCCCCACCAGUUCAUCAUCAAACAGGCAGCUCAACGACUCGGCCAACCGGUCUCCUGUACAGGAUCAAAGGGUGAAUGGCGUUGCAAAGGAGAACGGACAUACGCGUACAACCAGGAAUCACUCAGAAAACGCUGGUGGGUGGCAGCGAUCAAAACAGCGCAAGAAGGUUGGCGGCGGCGACUCUAAGCACCUCGUCAAUGGCUCCAGUCACAGUGAGCAACCACCAAAGAAUGAGGCAGACCGGAAGGGUGGCUGA